AUGACUCAUUUCGUUGGUGUUGAUUUUAAUUCAUUAUAUCCUUCAUCAUUUUCAUCUAAUCCUCAUGAUUUCAUUCAAUAUACUGACCAUAAAAUGUAUAUGCCGGGAAGAUUGAAUGGUGUUAUCAUUUGUGAUACAGCAACAAAGAAAGCAAAAGCACUGGGAAUAAUUAAGAAGAAAAAUACUUUAUUCGUGGCUGAAGUAAAGGGUCACAUUGAUGAAAAAUACAUUAAUGAUUACAUAAACUUUUUACCGAUAAUAAGAAACUUAGAUAUUAUCACAGAUGAAAAAACAAUUGGCAGUUUUAUGUAUAAUUACAUGAAAUCAAACAAUCUACCAGUUGACCAGAAACAGAGGAAAUUAACUCAGUUAGCAUCAACACACAACCAAUAUCAACCAUUUUCUUCUUAUUAUCUUUGGUAUCUAAUAGACAGAUUUCAUUUUAUCAUCGAUGAUAUUCAAUCAAUUUUAACAUUUACGAAAAACACUUGUUUUAAUGAAUUUGCGAACGAAUUUAUGAACGAAAGACAAAAGGCUGAAUUAGAAGGAAAUAAAGGAAAAAGUUUAUUUUGCAAGAUUUCACUUAAUGGAUCAUAUGGUUACGAUGCAAUGAAUACACAAAAUUACGCAAAGACUAAAAUAAUGAAUGCACAGAAGGCACGCGUUGCAUGUAUGUCAAAUAAGUUUAAAAACAUAAGAGAAAUAGGUGAAGAUACAUAUCAAGUGAUGCUUAAAGAUAGAUUUUAUAGAUGUGAUACAUGUUUACAAGAGGCAUUCUUCACUUUAGAUAACGCAAAAUACUGGUAUUUAGUUUUCAUUUAUGAUUUUAU